CGACUUUUCUCCUCGCCUCCUCGCCCCGCAUGUUCAGGACCAAACGAUCUGCGCUCGUCCGGCGUCUCUGGAGGAGCCGUGCGCCCGGCGGCGAGGACGAGGAGGAGGGCGCGGGGGGAGGCGGAGGAGGGGAGCUGCGGGGUGAAGGGACGACGGACGGCCGGGCGCAUGGGGCCGGUGGCGGCGGCGCGGGCAGGGCUGGUUGCUGCCUGGGCAAAGCGGUCAGAGGUGCCAAAGGUCACCACCAUCCCCACCCCCCAGCCGCGGGCGCCGGCGCGGCCGGGGGCGCCGAGGCGGAUCUGAAGGCGCUCACGCACUCGGUGCUCAAGAAACUGAAGGAGCGGCAGCUGGAGCUGCUGCUCCAGGCCGUGGAGUCCCGCGGCGGUACGCGCACCGCAUGCCUCCUGCUGCCCGGCCGCCUGGACUGCAGGCUGGGCCCGGGGGCACCCGCCAGCGCGCAGCCCGCGCAGUCGCCCUCGUCCUACUCGCUUCCCCUCCUGCUGUGCAAAGUGUUCAGGUGGCCGGAUCUCAGGCAUUCCUCGGAAGUCAAGAGGCUGUGUUGCUGUGAAUCUUACGGGAAGAUCAACCCCGAGCUGGUGUGCUGCAACCCCCAUCACCUUAGCCGACUCUGCGAACUAGAGUCUCCCCCUCCUCCUUACUCCAGAUAUCCGAUGGAUUUUCUCAAACCAACUGCAGACUGUCCAGAUGCUGUGCCUUCCUCCGCUGAAACAGGGGGAACGAAUUAUCUGGCCCCUGGGGGGCUUUCAGAUUCCCAACUUCUUCUGGAGCCUGGGGAUCGGUCACACUGGUGCGUGGUGGCAUACUGGGAGGAGAAGACGCGAGUGGGGAGGCUCUACUGUGUCCAGGAGCCCUCCCUGGACAUCUUCUAUGAUCUACCUCAGGGGAAUGGCUUUUGCCUCGGACAGCUCAAUUCGGACAACAAGAGUCAGCUGGUGCAGAAGGUGCGGAGCAAAAUUGGCUGUGGCAUCCAGUUGACGCGGGAAGUGGAUGGCGUGUGGGUGUACAACCGCAGCAGUUACCCCAUCUUCAUCAAGUCCGCCACACUGGACAACCCCGACUCCAGGACGCUGUUGGUACACAAGGUGUUCCCCGGUUUCUCCAUCAAGGCUUUCGACUACGAGAAGGCAUACAGCCUGCAGCGGCCCAACGACCACGAGUUCAUGCAGCAGCCAUGGACCGGCUUCACCGUGCAGAUCAGCUUCGUGAAGGGCUGGGGCCAGUGCUACACCCGCCAGUUCAUCAGCAGCUGCCCAUGCUGGCUGGAGGUCAUCUUCAACAGCCGGUAGCCGCGUGGGGAGAGGACAGAGCGUGAGCCGAGCAGGCCACAAUUCAAACUACUUUGCUGCUAAUAUUUUCCUCCUGAGUGCUUGCUUUUCAUGCAAACUCUUUGGUCGUUUUUUUUGUUGUUGUUGUUGUUUUUCUUCUUGUUGUUUUUGUUUGUGUUCUGUUUUGUUCUUUGAGAAAUAGCUUAUGAAAAGGAUUGUUGGGUUUUUUUUAGGGGGGGUAGGCAUGGUUGGCAGGACACCCGAUAGCAAAGGGAGAAGCAAAAAAUCAGAGCACCACCGAACACAGUGUGUGAAUGGGAGCAGUCCCUGAACGUUCUGAGUCGUCAUUUCACUUGUCGAGGAGUGUAUGUGUGAGUGAGUGUGCAUGGCUGUGGGUGUGUGUGCAUGAAUGACAGAUGGGACAAACGAUGAGCUCUUCGAUGAGCUCUUCGUGUUUCUUAUGGAUGUCCCCAGCUGAGAGGUUUGGGGCCCCACGCUGUGUCUCUCUUGCCCUUUGGACAUGCUCAGUGGGGCAGAGGCCGUACCUGGGCAAGCUGGCCAUGGGGGUCCUGGCAGCUGCCAGAAGCAUGGCUCUGCCCCCAGCCUAGGGAAGCCCCCUCUCCUCUGCUCCCCCUCCUAGGACACGGGCCUAUCCACAGGCUUCUGAGAAGCGAGCCUGCUAGCAGCUGAACCAGAACCAAUUGUUUUCAUCCUUGUCUUACUUCCCUCCUGCCAUUGUAGCGUCUUUCUUUUUUGGCCAUCUGCUCCUGGAUCUCUCUUGAGAUGGGCUUCCAGAGGGCUGCCGGGGCAGCCCCGGUAUUGCUCACUCAGUGCUCUUUCAGGCCCUCAGCCUCUCCCCUGCCCCGGUUAUUUAGAAAACCAGCUCAGCACUUUCCCCCAGUCCCAGCCUGCAUGUUGAGCUCUGCCAUUAGACCAGCGGCGGGGGCACUCCUGGGAGGGACAUGCUUAGCAGUCCCCUUCCCUUCCUCCAAGAAGGAUUUGGUCUGUCAUAACCCAAGGUACCAUCCUAGGCUGACACCUAACUCUUCUUUCAUUUCUUCUACAACUCAUACACUCGUAUGAUACUUAGACACUGUUCUUAGCUCAAUGAGCAUGUUUAGACUUUAACAUAAGCUAUUUUUCUAACUACAAAGGUUUAAAUGAACAAGAGAAGCAUUCUCAUUGGAAAUUUAGCAUUGUAGUACUUUGAGAGACAAAGGACUCCUGAAAAAAAAAAAAACCCUGAGAUUUAUUAAAGAAAAAAA